AAAAUAGAUUUAAUUAUUUCAAUUCAAUUCCAUAAAAUUGUUUUUUUUUUCUUUUUCUUCCUCUUCCUCUGACUGAGACUUUAUCAGAUCGUUCGUCUUCCAAGCGGAAGCGUCUUAUUCAACCACCGUAGACGCCUCCGAGACGGUCUCAUCGUUCUUUGAUUUAAAGGAAAUUGAAGACAUGCAUUCAAAAUCUGACACUGGGAACGAAGUUGUGUCAGAUGUGCAUCAUACAUCAUCGUCGUCGAUAAAUAGUUUAAACCAUUGGCAGCGUGCUGCUGCUGCCUGCAACGCAAAUUCUUAUGUGGAAGCUGGAGUAAAUUCUUCCAAGUCUAUAGCAUUGGAAAACCAAAGUAACCGAGAAUCAAACGGGUCGAAAUCACCACCUAAUAGAGAUGAUAAUAGUAACAAGGAAUCACAAGUCACAACGUCUCCCCAAUCAGCUAGUGAAAAAAAUCAAGAGCUCCUGCAUCCUGGCAUCACAGGACCUCCUCACCCUCAACUUGUUGGCCACACAGUUGGGUGGGCAUCUUCAAAUCCAUACCAGGAUCCAUAUUGUGCUGGAAUGAUGGGAGCCUAUGGACAUCAUCCCUUGGCUUAUGUUCCAUAUGGUGGGAUGCCUCAUUCAAGAAUGCCACUGCCUCCUGAGAUGGCACAAGAACCAGUUUACGUGAAUGCUAAACAGUACCAGGCGAUUCUGAGACGAAGGCAGGCACGCGCCAAGGCAGAGCUAGAGAAGAAGCUAAUCAAAUCCAGAAAGCCUUAUCUCCAUGAAUCUCGGCAUCAACAUGCUAUGAGGAGGCCUAGGGGUACUGGAGGACGGUUUGCAAAGAAAACGAACACCGAAGCUUCACAGCAAAAAGCUGGCGAAAAGAGCAAUGCUCAUCUUACUCAGUCCCCGACGACAUCUAAUUCUGAUCAACCUGAAGCUUGGAAUGAUGAGUACAAUACACAUCAGUCCGAUGAGAUGCAGAGCUCAGCUUAUAAGAGAAGAGAAGAAGCAGACUGUUCAGGGCAGCAAUGGAACAGCAUUUCGUCAAACCAUCCUUCUCAAGCUCGUCUAGCCAUCAAGUGACCUCACAAGGCGGCAAUUCAUUCUUGGCUUUCUCUUUGUUGGUUGGCUUAUUUGGUAGCAGCCAUUGAAGAGUUUUCUUUCUUGUUUUGUACAAAUACUUGUGUGCUUUUUUUUUUGUUUUCAGUUUGGAUACGUUAAAUAUUGCUGCUUUUGUUUGUCAAGUAACUUAAGUAAACA